AUGAAGCCAUUGUCUUCCAAAUGCCAACAGCACUUCGACGUUUGUUUGGAUAGCAUAAGAGAGUGCUUAGAUGAAGCCAUUGUCUUCCAAAUGCCAACAGCACUUCGACGUUUGUUUGCAACUAUAUUGGUUCAUUGUGAGCCUACAGAUGUUAAUCAUUUGUGGGAUAAAUAUCUUGAAUCAUUAUCUGAAGACUUCUUAAGGAAACCAAAUGCUACUAGAGCUUUGGUGAUAAAUGAUACUCUUCUCAAUAUUAACUUCUACUUAGAGAGUAUGGGAAAGGAUAUUAAAAAAUUUGAUUUGCCACCUUUACAAGCAAAUAACAUUACAGAGGAAGGUUCAUACCCAAGAGAAAUUAAAGAAGAGCUAGAUGUACAAAUCUCAACUGAUGAUCUAAAUGCUGCAACAAAACUCAACUAUGAACAACAUACUGCAUACACUACAAUACUAACAAGAGUUGAAGCAAAUAAAAGUGGAGUUUUCUUUAUUGACGGUCCAGGAGGAACUGGGAAGACUUAUUUAUAUCGUGCUCUACUUGCAACAGUAAGAUCGCAAGGUAUGAUAGCUCUUGCUACAACGACAUCAGGUGUCGCAGCUGUAAUAAUGCCUGGUGGAAGAACAGCACACUCCAGAUUUAAAAUCAAAAUCCCAACAACAGAUUCAUCUAUGUGUGGUAUAUCAAAGCAAGAUGGGACAUCAAAACUCCUUAGAAUAGCACGUCUAAUAAUUUGGGACGAGGCUGCUAUGGCUAAACACGUUGCAAUUGAAACGUUGGAUAGAACACUAAGAGAUUUAAUGGAUCAAGAUGAACCAUUUGGCGGAAAAGUAAUUGUAUUUGGUGGUGAUUUCAGACAAGUUUUACCAGUGGUGCCUCGCUCAACAAGAUCACAAACUAUCAAAGAAAGUUUAGUGAGCUCACAUUUAUGGAGAAAAAUGAUCAAACUACAACUUUCAAAAAAUAUGAGAGCAAAAUCAGACACAGCAUUCAGUGAAUUCCUUCUUAGGAUUGGGAAUGGAGAUGAACCAACAGUGACACAGGAUCUCAUAAAACUGCCUAAUGCAAUGUUGAUCCAGAAUCAAGGUGAUGAGCUACCGGAAGAUUCUCUCUUAAAUUCAAUUUUUCCAUCUUUAGACGAAAAUUUCAAGUCUAUUGACUAUAUGAAAGAUAGAGCUAUACUUGCAACAAAAAAUGAAUAUGUUGACAUGUUAAAUGAUAGACUAAUAAAAAGGUUUCCAGGAGAAGAAAAAGAAUUCUAUAGCUUUGAUGAAGCAGUUGAUGACACUAAUCAUCAUUACCAAGAAGAAUUUUUGAACACUUUGCUCCCUAAUGGACUACCGCCACACAAGCUAAUGUUGAAAAAAUAUUGUCCAAUUAUUUUACUAAGGAACUUGGAUCCAACUAAUGGACUGUGCAACGGUACAAGAAUGAUAUGUCAAGAUUUUAAGUACAAUGUAAUUCAAGCUAAAAUCACAAUGGGCCAACAUGCUUGUUUGUGGGAAAUUUUGUAA